CGGGCGGUGGCGGCUGCACUCCCAGGACCCUGGCAACCGACCCUGGCCCCAGGGCCCGAUCACCCAGGGGAGGAGCAGCACCGGGACCCCGUGCCGGCUGGGCGCCCCCCAAGGUAGGCGAGUCCGAAGGUAGGGAUCUUCGGGCCCGGUCCCUGCGGCGCGCCCCCGCAUCCCCUCCAGGUAUGUGGGUGUCCAGGUGUCUUUCCAGCGGCUUCCCCAGCGGAGCUCCUGGCAUCAAAGACAUUUCCUGUAAAAGGGUCCUUGGUGAAGAGGUAAUCCUUCCUGAAAAUCUAGGUUCUGGGCUCGAAUUUCCUGGGCGAGAAGUUUCUUCUCCACUGGGAAGAGUUACUUUUUUUCCGCAGAGAGGAACCCCUACUUAACCCGGCGCACACCUGAUUAUUUAUUUAGGUUGUUGUUAUACAAUCCGUUUGUCAGGGGUCCCCGCGAUUUCUGCCUGCUAAUUUCAGAGGCUGUGGAGAAAAGUCCUGCGGUAAACGCCCUGACCUGGGAACUCCAGCGUGGUGACUUUGACAGGUCACUGCGCUCGUAUUUUUUAAACAGCAGAGAUGAAUGAGGGUGGCUGUCUUCAUUCAUUUGUCCGGGCUUCCGCAGCUGCAGGUGUAGUUAAAAGAACAGCCCAUUGCUUGACCGUUUCCUUCAUGUUGAGUAGGCAUCAUGAGAUUUUAGAGCUGGAAGUUACAGAGUGCUAGGCAGCUAGACAAAGGAACACUUACCUUACUAAAGACUAGUAUGGGACCGUGCAGGUGUAGUUUUUAGACUGGAUGAUAACAUAGCUGUGAAUUUUCAGCCUUUUUGGAAGUGAAGACAAAAUUGAAUAUAAGGAUCAGAAAAAGCAACAAGCCCUGAAGCUAACUGAAGCUGCGUCUGUUCCCCAUUAUAUUCUAAUUGUUUUAUUUUAGGAAUCAAAACCUCUUUUACUUUCUUGGUGUAUAUAGAUCGGAUGAAGUGUCAGAAUACAAAAAGGAAUUAUUCUGUGUUUGUGAUAGAGAGGAGAUAAUCUGUCCUUUUGAUUUUACCUAAUGCUAUUAAAUAUUCAGAGCUACUGAAGUCCGGUUUUCCUGAAAUGUGAGCUGGGCAGGAGUGUCAGGUACCCUGGCAGACACAAUUGGUGCUGUUGUUACGCUUUUCCCCUGCUGCCCACUCCCUUCUCCACCGCACUCCCAGUUUGAGUGAAGGCCCUUGACACAGAGGAAUUUCUGCCCAAGGCAGGGAGUGUCCCCGUGUGGUUCCUCAAAUGUUUAAAGAAAGAAUGAAAACAACUAUACUUCCUGGGACCCGGGCUGACGUCACAAGGCCAACGUCAUAAGAAGGUUCUUACCUCUUGCUAUUUACAAAAUAAAUUGAUCCCUUGUCCUAACUAGAAAGAGACUUUUGAAAUUAAUACUGAUGCUAUUUUGUGAAUUACGGAUAGGCAUGUUAUUUGUUAGCUUAUUUGUUUAUAGUGUGCUCAACACUGAAGGGAAGCCAGUCUUAAUAUAAUGGAAACAUCUCUGAACUUCUAAAAGACCAAGGUUGGAGUUUUAGCUCUUAAUUUUACUUCAUCUUGGCCAGAAUUCACGAUGACAACGGUGACAGUGACCACAGAAAUUCCGCCAAGGGAUAAGAUGGAAGAUAAUUCUGCCUUGUAUGAGUCUACGUCCGCUCACAUUAUUGAAGAAACCGAGUAUGUGAAAAAGAUUCGAACCACUCUGGAAAAGAUCAGAACCCAAAUGUUUAAAGAUGAAAUAAGACAUGACAGUACAAAUAACAAACUAGAUACAAAGCACUGUGGAAACCUUCAACAGGGCUCUGAUUCUGAGAUGGAUCCUUCUUGUUGCAGUUUGGAUUUGCUCAUGAAAAAGAUAAAAGGAAAAGACCUACAGCUCUUAGAAAUGCACAAAGAGAAUGAAGUAUUGAAAAUCAAGCUGGAAGCCUCCAGAGAAGCAGGAGCAGCAGCUCUGAGAAACGUGGCCCGGAGAUUAUUUGAAAACUACCAAACACAGUCUGAAGAAGUGAGAAAGAAGCAUGAGGACAGUAAACACUUACUCCAGGUUAACAAGCUUGAAAAAGAACAAAAAUUGAAACAACAUGUUGAAAAUCUGAAUCAAGUUGCUGAAAAACUUGAAGAAAAACACAGUCAAAUUACAGAAUUGGAGAACCUUGUACAGAGAAUGGAAAAGGAAAAGAGAACACUACUAGAAAGAAAACUGUCUUUGGAAAACAAGCUACUGCAACUCAAAUCCAGUGCUACAUGUGGAAAAAGUUGCCAGGAUCUUCAGAGGGAGAUUUCCAUUCUCCAGGAGCAGAUCUCUCAUCUGCAGUUCGUGAUUCACUCCCAACAUCAGAACCUGCGCAGUGUCAUCCAGAAGAUGGAAGGAUUAAAAAAUAAUUUAAAAGAACAAGACAAAAGAAUUGAAAAUCUCAAAGAAAAGGUUAACAUACUUGAAGCCCAGAAUAAAGAACUAAAAACCCAGGUAGCGCUUUCAUCUGAAACUCCUAGGACAAAGGUAUCUAAGGCUGUCUCUACAAGUGAAUUGAAGACCGAAGGUGUUUCCCCUUAUUUAAUGUUGAUUAGGUUACGGAAAUGAACUGGCUGGCUGAAGAUCUGAUUUAGAAAGACUGCGUGAGUCUUAUUUAUUCUCUGAAACACAGCACAAAUUUCAUGUUAAAAUGGCACAAUGCCAUUAUUUAAAUGGAACUUAUUAUAUACCAAUGGCUUUGCAAGAAGAUGACAUUUCAGAAAAUCAAACAAAUAUAUAUUUAACGGAUGGACUCUUCAAAACUUACCAAGUAGGUGAAGAAACCAGGUGCCUUCCCGUGAUGGAAGACGGAUUCUGCUUUAAAUUAAAAAAACACAAAUCUGAAUCUUGUUUUCAGAUUUUUUUCUACGGGGACUGUUUUAAGGUUAUCAACUCUGACUUUUUUGAUAGUGGUUUUUAAGAGUAUAAAUAGAAGGGAGAGUAUAUAUGUAUGAAUGAACAUACAUUUCCUGCAUAUAUAUGUAUGAAGGGCAUAUAUAUGUAUGAAUGAGCAUACAUAUUUGAAAACUGACUUUUGGAUGAUAAGAAAAAUCUUACAAUGACAUGAGUUCAUCUCCUGAUCCAUUGUUUCUUGGAGAAUUAUACUCAACUGAAUUACGGACAGGAGAAAGAGUGGAUUUCUUUUAGCUAAUUCCCCAACCCAUAUGCCCCUCUGAAGUUGAGAGUCAUGGCUGCCUCACCACACAUCAGAGAAUGACUGUUCUUCGGUAGUUCUGGGAUUAAAAAUUGGUUUCUAGAGGUAACCUGUACACAUAAACACACAGGGAUGCACAUGGCGUCCUCUACCUUUGUGACUUUCUUCUUGAUAUUUAUUAAUAGUAUCUAAAUAAAGUAUGGGGGGGUAGAAAAAUAAUGCUGUUAGCCCAUACUUCCAUGAAAACAUUUAUUAUAGGCUCAAAGGAAUAAUGACUGCUGUCUGCAGCCAGAAAGAAUCUGAAUUCAUGAAUUGGAAUGAUAGAUCUCGUGUUUUUGUGAAAGUUUGCUUAAAUUCUGAUACAUGCCUUCUUUGUAGGUGGAGUUUGUGAUUGCAGUGAAUAGACCAAAUCUGACUUGCAGAAAUGCAGACAUACAGUCGGGAAAGAACAAACUUCAAUUAAAUGUAUAAUGAGAGACCUUGGUCCCCCUAAAGGAUGAAUUUCCUUUAGGCCUUUGAUCUUCCCCUCUAGUGUGUAACUUUAAAUAUUUGCUCAGGAAAGAUGCUGACGCUUUCAUAGUGGAAUGUGAAAUAUCAGUAUUGUCUAUAAAGUAUUUGAAGAUAUAUAAAAAUGAGAUGAUAUAAUGUAUUUAUAAAUUUAUCAAAGUACUGUAAUCCUUGAAUUGUUGUGUAACUGUAUGUGAGUUUUAUGCUUCAUGGUAUCUUUGAAAACAUUUUUAUUGCUUGCUUAUUUUGAAGGUAUAUUUAUCUGUUAACAUUUAGGGCAUAGUUACCCUAUGCCAGGAACAAGACUAAGCACUUUACUUGCAUUAAUUCCUUUUAUCUUCCCCAAAACCCUCAGAAGCAGAUCAUAUCAUUUCUGUUUUACAGAGGAAGAUACUGAGAGUGGUUGAGUAAUUUGCCCAGCUGCUAACUGUGAAGCAAAAAUUUGAGCCUUUUGACUUGGCUAUUGAUAUUCAUUCUACUUGCUCACAUGGUGGUCUAAGAAAUUUCCCAGCUAUAGAAAUCUCUCUGUUUUUGCCACUUUAAUCAACACAUAGCUUCCUGGAUGUCUGCCUGUGUUAUUUUGUGGAUGACAGUAAGAAAUAACAAAUACUGAUAAAAUCAA